UGUUUUCGUUCGUUCUAGAUCAUGGAUAGUGCAGAAGAACAAACGGAUGUUUUUUAUCAAGACUCUCCCAAUCAAAGACAGUCUCUGAGCGCAAACUGUAAUCAGUCUGACGGGUUGAACGGCAGUGAUCAGUGCAUUUCCUGUACAACUUUCAACAUUCUCGCACCGAUAUACAAGAGAUUGAAUAGUGAGAGUUGCGAAAGCGAGUUCCGGGAGUAUUGGAUUAGUAGGAAUGAGAGAAUAUUGGACAGACUGCUAUGCCUAAAAUCAUCAAUUAUAUGUUUACAGGAGGUUUGGGUUGGAAAUGAAGAACUUGCUGGUAUGUUUGAGAAGCGACUAGGAGAUGAAGGUUAUGCAACUUACAAGCUUCCACGAACCAAUAACAGAGGAGAUGGUCUCUUAACUGCAGUGAAUCGAAAAUCAUUCCGAGUUUUGAAUUACAGAGAAUUGUUAUUCAAUGACUUUGGCAAUCGUGUAGCACAGCUUCUACACGUUGAACUGGUUAUUCCAUUUUUGCAAAGCCAUGCAAAAGACGUUAAGCACGACGCACUUGUCGUGAACACCCCCUUGCUGUUUCCUCACAAUUCUAGUUAUUGCCUCCCUCGAUUAAAGCAGGUUUACAAGAUUUUACAAUAUAUCGAAUCAUAUCAGGAAAUGUACCAGCUUCAAACUGCCCCUAUAAUCUUAUGUGGGGACUGGAAUGGAAGUAAAAGAGGACAUGUCUACAAAUUUCUGCGAUCGCAGUGCUUUGUGUCCUCAUAUGACACUGCCCAUCACUACACUGACAGUGAUGUCGAUUGCCAUAAGUGGGUCAGCCAUCGUAACCAUAGAGGAAACAUAUGUGGGGUGGAUUUUAUAUGGCUUCUUAACCCUUACGAACAUCGGAAGCCAUUGAAUAUAAGCUUCAUCAAGGCUGUGUUGGGGAUUAUUAAGAAUCGCCUUUGUGAAGUGUCUAGAGAAAGUAUAGAUCCAUUUGGUUUUCUCGAAAAUGAGAACUGCAAGGGAACUUGUGUCGACCUUUCUGGAUUCUCUCAAGCUCUUACUGUGUUGGGCUUAACUGGCUAUCCAAAUGGCCUUGAUAUUGAAGAGUUACACGAUUUGUGGCUGAAACUGGACACUGAUGGAGAUGGAGUGAUUGACUUUUCGCAGUUCAAGAGUGCAUUGGAUCCAUCAUCACUCCUACAAAGUGAAAAUGAAAACGAGGCACUGGAAGCACAAACAGAAACACCACAAAACACGUCAAGAUCUGCAACCAUUGGUUUCGAAGUGAAGCAUUCUGCCCUGUUCCCAACCCAAGUUGAAGAUGGAAUAUGGCCUGAAGACUACUCCCUGUCUGACCAUGCACAACUUACUGUGGAGUUUGCUCCAGUGACCAUGCAUUGUCCCCAAAGUUUUUGCCACCCAGCUCAAACCAUGACCUGAAAGUACCCAAACUGAUUAGUGUAAUUGUUAUAAUUGAGGCUAUUUCGAUCUUGAUAUCAUGGCCCAUUGUAGUAAACCACACAAUCGACUUGUCGUGAUGGUACCAAAAUUGCUUAGAGGCAUGCAAAUGUAUUCAGAGGCAAUUACUAUAUUAAACUUUCGAGGAGAAUGCGAUUAAUGUACAGUGAAAUCAAAUGUAAUGAAUUUGAAUCCAUGAUUAGAUAAGAAAAUUUUUAACAAUCUAUGUUUGAUGAGAAAACAUGUGAAC